AUGGAGUAUUUUGGAGAGGACAACAUCAACGAAAAGCUCCUCGUGGCUUUCGCUUUGUUUGAGGAGAGGCAGAAAGAACAUGAGCGUGCCUCGUGUCAUUUACAAACCAUCUUCCUCCUGAUCGCACAGCAGACAUUUUCAAACACUUACACCGUACACGAAAAGAAGUUUGGUGAAAGAGCUGGCAUUGAAGAUGUGAUUGUUAGUAAACGGCGUACUCAGUACGAAAAGCAAAUAGCUGAAAACUCUUUCAACUACGAUGCAUGGUUUGAUUAUUUGCGAUUACUAGAGAAUGAGGAGUGUCCUCGGGAAGAGGUUGAAGAUCUCUAUGAACGAGCUAUAGCGAACAUUCCACCACAUGAGGAGAAGCGUUAUUGGCGAAGAUAUAUUUAUUUAUGGAUCAAUUAUGCUAUUUAUGAAGAACUAACGGCUAAUGAUGUGGAACGAACGAGACAGGUUUACAAGGCUUGUCUCGACGUUAUUCCUCACAAAAAGUUCACCUUUGCGAAAAUUUGGAUAAUGUUCGCUCAUUUUGAGAUAAGGCAAAUGGAUCUGGCCGCGGCGAGAAAGAUUUUGGGAGUUUCCAUAGGAAAAUGCCCAAAGGAGAAACUCUUCCGAGCGUAUAUUGAUCUCGAGUUGCAAUUACGUGAAUUCGAUCGGUGUCGAAAAUUAUAUGAAAAGUUUCUUGAAUAUUCAUCGGAGAACAGCAAUACGUGGAUUAAGUUUGCCGAACUCGAGACACUUCUUGGUGACGUGGAUCGCGCUAGAGCUAUUUUCGAUAUUGCUGUUCAACAGCCAGCGCUGGAUAUGCCUGAGAUUCUAUGGAAAGCGUACAUUGACUUCGAAAUCAAUGCGGAAGAGUACGAAAAAGCCCGUGAUCUUUACGAGGCGUUAUUGCAGCGAACGAAUCACAUAAAG